CAUUGUGCUGCAAACAUGACCGAGGUGGCACAGGUCACAGCCGAUGUCUCUCAGAGCAUGGAAGACGUCGCAAACGAACACGAACAUGAUGAGUGUGAUUCAGCGAUUGAGAAAAGUGCGGAGGAAUCACACGAUGAUGGCAAAAAGACUCCUAAUGUGAACGAUGAAGCCAGCGAUGAGACUGACACGGCACGCGUUAACGGUGUGGACCACAAAGAGGAGGACACAGCCCGGGAGACACAGGGCAAAUCAGUGGCCGUAAACGGCAAAGCACAAGACCCAAAGGAGGAUGAUGCUCCAAAAGACACAGAUGAGUCACCACAGAAUAUUUCUGAUGUGGCGCUAAAGCAAGAGAGACUCCUCAGAUCCAGAAAGCUGGUGGCCAAGAGCUACGUCCCCAAACUAAACAAGGAGAAGGGGGACGUGAAGAACAAGUUUGAGGCCAUGCAGAAGGCCAGGGAGGAGCGCAGCAGGCAGAGGAACCAAGAUGAGCAGCAGAAGAGGAAGGAGCAGUACAUCAAGGAGAGAGAGAGGAACCGCCGGAAGCAGCAGAUAAAGGAACUCCUCGCCUCCAGCGAUGAGGAAGAAGAGGUGAAGCCCAGCAAGGUAGAAAAAUCGUACGUGCCCAAGAUCACAGGAAGUGUAAAGGGGAAAUUUGCCGAAAUGGAGAAACAAAGACAAGAGGAGGAAAAGAAGAGGAUGGAUGAGGAGAGGAGGAAGAGGACCGCCCAGGACAGCAUGGAAAAAGCAAAGAUUAAAAAAGAAUUGGCUCAGAAAGCUGCAGAGGAGGGAGAUGACACAAUCCUGGUGCGGGUGGUGCCAGCAAAGGCCUCGCGAGCUCCAGGCAAAAUCCAGAUGAACUUUGAGGAUAUGGAGAAGAGUAGGGAGGAAGAGUUGAAAAAGAAGGCGGAGGACGAGAAGAAGCGACGUUACGAUGAACACAGGCGCUCCUUCAGGGAUGCCAAGCGGCGCUCAUUCGCUCAGCAGGAUGAUGAAGAGAAACCUGUAGAGAAGGAGCAGGUGACACCCGGGAAGCUAAAGCUGUCCUUUGAGGAGCAGGAGAAGGAGAGGCAGGAGCAGAGGAGAAAGCAGGCUGAGGAGGAUGCCAAACGCCGCCUGCUAGAAGAGAAGAAGGCCUUCGAGGAGGCAAAGCUGGAAAUGGGAGAGGAUGAGGACGACACUCUGCAAGCUCAGGAGGAGAGGGAGGAAAUCCGCCCUGGAAAGCUGAGGCUGAGCUUUGAGGAAGUGGAGAGGCAGAGGGUGGAAGGGGAGAAAAAGAAAGCAGGCGAGGAGGCCAAGAAACGAAUGGAGGAGGAGCGAAGAGCCUUUGCCGAAGCCAGGAAAAGCAUGCUUGUAGAGGAGGACGAUGAAGUGCUGAUGGCCAUGCUGAACCUGGAGGGUAGUAAGCCAGGCAAGCUGUGUGUCAGCUUUGAGGAGAUGGAGCGCCAGAGAAGAGAGGAGGAGCAGAAAAAGGCAGAGGAAGAAGCCAAGAGGAGGCUGGAGGAGGAGAAGAGGCUCUUUGCUGAGGCACGCAAGACCAUGGUGGCAGAUGAGGGGGAGGAUGGCAUGGUGAAGAGUGAGUCUCAGGAAGCGCUAAGCCCUGGCAAACUGGAGAUCAACUUUGAGGAGCUGCUGAAGCAGAAGGAAGAAGCUGAGAGGAGAUGCAAGGCAGAGGAGCGCAAAAGGAAGAUGGAGCAGGAGAAGCAGGAGUUUGAACAACUCAGACAAGAGAUGGGAGAGGAUGAAGUGAAUGAAAGCUCUGAUACUGUGAGCAAAGAGUAUGAGGAGCUGACAAAGCUCAAGAGGACCGGCUCCAUCCAGGCCAAGAACCUCAAGUCCAAGUUUGAGAAGAUCAAACAGCUGACCGAUGAAGAGAUUCAGAAAAAGAUCGAGGAGGAGAGGGCACGGAGGAAGGCCAUUGAUGACGAAAUCAAAGAGAGAGAAGCUGAGAGGUUCCAAGAGGAGGAUGAGGAAGUAAACAUGAGCCCAGUGAAGGCUGAUGAGUCACCGUUCAAACAGAAGGUGGACAUGCGAGCCCGGUUCGAACAAAUGGCCAAAGCCAGAGAGGAGGAGGAAAGGAGGAGGGUAGAGGAGCAGAAGCUGCAGAGGAUGCAGUUUGAGCAGCAAGAGAUUGAUGCCGCCCUCCAAAAAAAGAAGGAGGAGGAGGAAGAGGAGGAGGGAGGUAUCAUCAAUGGCUCCGCAGCGUAUGAGGAUGAGGAGGACCAUGCCAGAUCGGGAGCUCCCUGGUUUAAGAAGCCCCUUAAGAACCAGUCUGUGGUGGACGCAGAGCCGGUUCGGUUCACUGUGAAGAUCACCGGAGAGCCCAAGCCGGAGGUGACCUGGUGGUUUGAGGGGGAGAUGCUCCAGGACUGUGAGGACUAUCAGUACAUAGAGAGAGGAGAGACAUACUGCCUGUACCUGCCGGAGACCUUCCCUGAGGACGAGGGAGAGUACAUGUGCAAGGCUGUCAACAGCAGAGGCACGGCAGCCAGCACCUGCAUCCUCACAAUAGAAAGUAAGGCCACCUUGGUUUGACUGCAUGCCUGCAUGAUGCCUCCUCUCUUGUUUUUGACCUCUUGUAUCCGAAGUGGAUCGCAUGCUCCUCUUCCUCACGGACUCAGGCUGAGUGGCAGAUAUGCAUAACCGCUCUUCCCUUUCUCCCUCACAGCUGAUGACUACUGAGGCCCAUCCUCGUUCUGGAAACUUUCCCUGUUGUCUCACACUCCUUUUGUAAAAUGUAAUCCCUCGUGAGAUGGUCAAACAGCGGAGGGAGGAAAAUAGCAGUAUGCUUGGCAUUCCUAAGGGCGGGAUACACAACACACGAAAAUGGCAAGAUGUUGUUUACGUAGUGCUCAUUAGUAAAGCUGCGCUCCCUGUUAGAGUAGGAGGAUACCUGUGCCAAAAAACAGACAAACUGAUUGUUCCCAUGCCACAGUUGCACAAUAUUUCAGUCCUAUCAUUGCUGCAAGCCCCUCAUUAGAGUUGUGAUACCAGCUAUUUUUAGGUACAGUAAAUAUCAGAAUUCAUUGUCCAUACACAACAGGAAGGUUGAGUUGGAGGAAUUGAAAUUUGAAGAUAUUGUCGCUUGUCCUAAUUUUAAAGACCAUUAUCACAAAACUCAAAGGAAUAUCAGUGCUCUGCCACUCUGUGACUCCUCAAAUCAUCAAAAUGCAAUCAGCAUGUAGUUUUCUGCAUUCUUAGCCAUAUUACUAUAUGGUAUUAUGAUACUUGCCUUAUUCCCCAUGCUAGUUGUCAGUUUAUGUUACCACUUAAGGGUUUAUUGACAGUGACAUGAAACUUCUCAUGGAAACCGCCGUUUUUGCAGGGGUGAAGCAAAUGGAAAUCACUUGUAAGAGACACUGCCAACAUGAUGUUCAACAUGCAUAGCUGGGUGUCAGUAGAACUCCCUGUUUAGCUUCAUAUAAAUGUCAUUGCAGUAUUACCUAAAAUAUUAUAUUUGAUUAUAAUGAACACUUGAUUUUGGAUUUUUCAUGACCCAAAAACAUUUUUUUUUUUUUUUUAUUUCCCCCCAUUCUGAAGUUAAUGUAAAAGCGUUGUCAUGAUUCAGUGGUGUCAGAAUCUAGGGUAGGCAAACUGUUUUAUGGUUUGAUAAUGAAAAAAAAAUGUUAGUAUAAUCGAAAUAUUUGUCAUAUGUAAUAACUGAAAAUGUUUUAAUAAAAAGUACAAAAUAA